AACUGCUGCAAGCUGACAACUAAACACUGAGAGACUCAUUCACUUUUCUAUCUCUCUCUCUCUCUCUCUCUGAUCGAAAAGAUGAUGAAACCUUUUCGUUGAUUCCCUCGAAAACUCUCACACUUUCCUUCACAUUUUCCCGCACUUUCUCGCCAUCCAAACACUCUCUCCAAACCCUAAAAUGGCCUCCGAAUCCGCCGAAGAAGACAAAACCUGGGAGGACGUCCUCCGCCGGAUGCUGCCGGCCGGCGCACCCUUGCCGGACGAGGAACACCUGGACUACUCCAUCGCCGUCGAGUACGAAGGUCCUCCUGUUCCCUAUGACGUUCCGAAAGUCGAUCCGCUCGAAAUCGGCGCCGCCGCCGUUCCGAUUCGCACGUCUUCCAUCGCCUCCGAUCACGCCGGAGCUUCGAUUCCGGUCGCCAUGCCGAUACAUCCGCGAUUCUCACGGUUCAGCCGAGUCCGCAACGGUUUCGACCGGGCUCCGCGGAGUCCGGUCGAGAGUCAAAGGUCAUCUUCGGUUUCCAGGUCUCAGUCUCACUUUGAUACGCGCAGUGGCGAGGUUUAUCGCUCCGAUUUUUCCGGCGAUGCGAACGCCGACGACGGCGUGAGCUCUGCCUCGUCUCCGCGGGAGUCGAUGACGCCUCCGAAUUCCGCUCCGGCUCCACGAAGCGGCGCCGUUGAAGGAAAACGCCCGACGACGGUGACCUUCAAUACACCGAAGGAUUCUGAUGAUGACGACGAUGACGGUUAUCAAUCGCCGCGGUCUGUGGCGACGGAACCAGUUGGUUCGCCGGUUGCGGCAUCGGCCGUGGCUGCGCGAAACGCGAACAGGAAGUGGUGGAUUUGCAGUAGGUGUGGGAAUGGGAACAGGUUGAAGGAGAAGGAAGCGUGUUUGGUGUGUGAUGCAAGGUAUUGCAGUAACUGUGUGUUGAAGGCGAUGGGAUCAAUGCCUGAGGGAAGAAAAUGUGUGAGCUGCAUUGGGCAUCCUAUAGAGGAAUCCAAGAGGUCUAGCUUAGGGAAGUGUUCUAGAAUGUUGUCUAGAGUGUGUAGUCCUUUGGAGAUUAAUCAGAUAAUGAAGGCUGAAAAGGAGUGUCCUGCGAAUCAGCUUCGGCCAGAGCAGCUUAUUGUCAAUGGCAGGCAGUUAAGGCAAGAAGAGUUGACUGAGAUUCUGGGUUGUCCCAUCCCUCCUCAGAAGCUGAAGCCUGGGAGGUAUUGGUAUGAUAAGGAUUCUGGACUUUGGGGCAAGGAGGGAGAAAAGCCUGAUAAGAUCAUAAGUUCAAAGCUGAAUAUUGGUGGCAAACUUCAGACUGAAGCAAGCAAUGGGAAUACUAGAGUCUACAUGAAUGGCCGUGAAAUAACAAAGAUUGAGCUUAGAAUGUUAAAGCUAGCAAAUGUUCAAUGCCCGCGAGACACCCAUUUCUGGGUUUAUGAUGAUGGAUCUUAUGAGGAAGAAGGCCAAAAUAAUAUUAAGGGGAACAUAUGGGGAAAGGCGUCCACUCGUUUCAUUUGUUCGUUAUUCUCAUUGCCUGUACCUCCUACUAAUCCUCCUGGGGUCAGAGAAAAUUCAACUAACUAUUCGACAAGAUCUGUGCCUGAAUACUUGGAGAAUGCUCGAGUUCAGAAACUUUUGUUGUUUGGCAUGGAAGGGUCUGGAACAGCCACCCUCUUUAAACAGGCCAAGUUUUUAUAUGGAAAUAAGUUUACUGCAGAGGAGUUGCAAAACAUCAAGCUUAUGAUUCAAAGCAAUAUGUACAAGUACCUCAGCAUUCUGCUUGAAGGACGAGAGCAAUUUGAAGAGGAGGCUGUGGCAGAGAGAGAAUCUAUUUCAUCAGAAGGCGAAGGAUCUGGACCAGCAGCUGACGAAAACAGGCAGGGCAUUUACUCAAUCAAUCAAAGGUUCAAGCAUUUUUCUGAUUGGUUGCUUGAUAUCAUGGCCACUGGAGAUUUGGAGGCUUUCUUUCCUGCUGCAACACGCGAGUAUGCUCCUAUGGUAGAUGAGAUCUGGAGAGAUCCAGCUGUUCAGGAAACAUACAAGAGAAGAGAGGAAUUGCAUAAUCUUCCUGAAGUUGCUAAAUAUUUCUUAGAUCGGGCAAUAGAAAUAUCGAGCAAUGAGUAUGAACCUUCUGAUAAGGACAUAUUAUAUGCUGAAGGAGUCACUCAGAGUAAUGGUCUUGCCUUCAUGGAAUUCUCAUUUGAUGAUAGGAGUCCCAUGUCAGAGAUAUACAGUGAAAACAUAAAUUGCCCUCCUCCGUUAACCAAAUAUCAACUGAUUCGCAUAAAUUCAAAGGGACUGCGUGAUGGUUGCAAAUGGUUGGAAAUGUUUGAAGAUGUGAGGGUAAUCCUAUUUUGUGUUGCCCUGAGUGAUUACGAUCAGGUGUGGCCGAAUAGCACUGGUCAGCUUAGUAACAAAUUGCUGGCAAGCAAAGAUCUUUUCGAGAAUCUGGUGAGGCAUCCUUGUUUUAAAGACACCCCAUUUGUGCUUCUGCUAAACAAAUAUGAUGUCUUUGAAGAAAAGAUAAACAAAGUUCCUCUGUCAACUUGUGAGUGGUUUGGGGACUUCUGUCCCGUGAGACCCCAUCACAACAAUCAUGCCCUGGCACAACAAGCGUAUUACUAUGUGGCUGUGAGAUUCAAAGAGCUUUAUUAUGCCCUAACUGGCCAGAAGUUGUUUGUGGGGCAAACUCGAGCUCGAGAUCGUGCCUCAGUUGAUGAAGCAUUCAAAUACAUAAGGGAGAUCAUCAAAUGGGACGAUGAGAAGGAUGAUGAUAUCUAUGAAAUCAAUCCAGAAGAGUCAUUUUACAGUACAGAAAUGAGUUCAUCUCCAUUCGUGAGACAGGAAUGAGUUCCCAAGUCCCAUCGUUUGUUAACCCUUGAGACUAAGUGAUGAGAGUCUCAACUCAACGCUCCAAAGAAUUUGUUGGGAGCAUUGCAUUUAUUGAAGGAAGGGCAGUGAGUUUUGUUGGCUGGGCUGUGUCGAGUAUGCUGUUUUGUUUUGUUCUGUAGGAUUUUCUUGAACGGGUUCAGAAUGAUUUUUGCCCCAUCAUAAAUUAGCUAAUUUGCUUCAGAGGUUGUAAAUUCAGAGGUGAUUUGUUGUCUGUACAGCUUAUAUUGACAAUAUUGUUCAGCUUAAAUUACAAAUAAAAAAGCGGUAUUUUUUUCAAGG